CCCAGGCCGCCCGGCUCCAGCCGAGGAGCAGCGGCGGCAGAUCGCGGCGAGGCCCCGCGCCCCUCAAGCCCCUCCCCGGCGCCGUGCAUGGAGACGUGGCCCGCUGUCCGCCGCUGAGCUCGCCGCCCGGCCCGGGACCGCAGGGGCUGGGGUGGCCUCGGGCUCCGGCCGGUGCCGCCGCAGCCCGACUGGGCUUGGCCGGCCGCCCCCGCCGCCCGAGGGCUGCGCGCGGCCCGCGGACCUCGUCGCCCGCGCGGAUCGCCGCGGCCCGGCCGUCCCGUCCCAGGAAGUGGCCGUCCUGCCCGCCAUGGCUCACUCCCCGGUGCAGUCGGGCCUGCCGGGCAUGCAGAAUCUAAAAGCAGAUCCAGAAGAGCUUUUUACAAAACUGGAGAAAAUCGGAAAGGGCUCUUUUGGCGAGGUGUUCAAAGGCAUUGACAAUCGGACUCAGAAAGUGGUUGCCAUAAAAAUCAUUGAUCUGGAAGAAGCUGAAGACGAGAUAGAGGACAUUCAACAGGAAAUCACAGUGCUGAGUCAGUGUGACAGUCCAUACGUAACCAAAUAUUAUGGAUCCUAUCUGAAGGAUACUAAAUUGUGGAUAAUCAUGGAAUACCUUGGUGGAGGCUCCGCACUGGAUCUAUUAGAACCUGGCCCUUUAGAUGAAACUCAGAUUGCUACUAUAUUAAGAGAAAUCCUGAAAGGACUUGAUUAUUUGCAUUCGGAGAAGAAAAUUCAUAGAGACAUUAAAGCUGCCAACGUUCUGCUCUCGGAACAUGGAGAGGUGAAGCUGGCUGACUUUGGAGUGGCGGGCCAGUUGACGGAUACCCAGAUAAAAAGAAAUACCUUUGUGGGCACCCCUUUCUGGAUGGCCCCCGAAGUCAUUAAACAGUCUGCCUACGACUCAAAGGCAGACAUCUGGUCCCUGGGCAUAACAGCUAUAGAACUUGCGAAAGGGGAGCCCCCUCAUUCCGAGCUGCAUCCCAUGAAGGUUUUAUUCCUCAUUCCAAAGAACAACCCCCCGACGCUGGAAGGAAACUACAGCAGACCCCUCAAGGAGUUUGUGGAGGCCUGUCUGAAUAAGGAGCCGAGCUUUAGACCCACUGCUAAGGAGUUACUGAAGCACAAGUUUAUAAUACGCAACGCAAAGAAGACGUCCUACUUGACUGAGCUCAUCGACAGGUACAAGAGGUGGAAGGCCGAACAGAGCCACGAGGACUCCAGCUCCGAGGACUCGGACACGGAAACAGACACGGACGGCCAAGCGUCCGGAGGCAGCGACUCUGACUCCGGGGACUGGAACUUCACGGACUCAGAGAAGAAUUCAAAGAGUCUCGAGAAUGGAACUCUUCGGCCAUCUGAUUUGGAAAGAAAUAAGGUGAUGCCUUCCUCUCAGUGUUUAUCUACAAUUAUUUCUCCGCUCUUUGCAGAGUUGAAGGAGAAGAGCCAAGCGUGCGGCGGUAAUAUGGGGUCCAUAGAAGAACUGCGAAGGGCCAUCUACCUGGCAGAAGAGGCCUGCCCUGGCAUCUCGGAUACCAUGGUGGCCCAGCUCGUACAGCGGCUCCAGAGAUACUCUCUAAGUGGUGGAGGAACUUUAUCCCACUGAAAUUCCCUUGGCAUUUGGGGUUUUGUUUUUCCUUUUUUCUUCUUCAUCCUCCUCCUCCUGAAAAGUCAACGAGAGCCUUUGCUGACUCCGCUGAAGAGGUGCGCCAUCGAGGGCCCAUCCUCCCCGCUGUGGCCACCAGUCCAGGGCCACACAGGCCUUCCUCGCGGGGCUCGGCCACAUGAAGUCUCCAGAUGGGGUGGGGGGGUCAGCUCCUUCAAGCGAUCAUUUUAUUAUGAUUCUUGUUUUUAAUUUUAACCAUAGUGCACAUAUCAAGGAAAGUGUCUUUCAAAACAAAACAAACCCUGAAAUGUAUAUUUGGGAUUACAAUAAGGCAACUGAAGAAAUGAAACCUCAGGUAUCCUGCUUUAAGUUGCUGACUCCCCUCCCCGGGAGAUGGAGACUCGCUCUGGUGGAUCAGUGUACAGAUGUGUAUAUAGCGUCAUUUUUACGGAAACUCUUUUUGCGUGCAUAAGGAAUCACUGUGUACAAAUUGGCCAAGUGCUUCUGUAGAUAAUGUCAGUGGAGUAAAUAUUCGACAGGCCAUAACUUGAGUCUAUUGCCUUGCCUUUAUUACUUGUAAAUUUUGAAUUAUGUGAUCAGUGAUUUGGGUUUUAUUUUGUAUUUGCAGGGUUUGCCAUUAAUAAUAAUUAAUGCCCCUCUUAUGAAACACUCCUAUUUGUACCUCAACAGAUGCAAAUUUUCCUCUUGUUUGCCCAGCAGCCCUUUUGGUACACUUAGAAGUUGAUUUCCGUUUUCAUCGAUGGUACUAUUUCUUAGUGUUUUAAAUUGGAACAUAUCUUGCCUCAUGAAGCUUUAAAUUAUUUUAAGUUUCUCCCCGAUGAAGUGCUCUCGUCCACCAUUUGUUUGGAAUUGUGCCACUGCCAGUCCUCGCCGGCUGUACCAUCCUCUGCAGUAUGAUUUUCUGUUGCACCUUGUAGUGAGAUCUGCCUAUCAUCUUUCCCACCUAAAAAUGUCUGAAUGCUUACACAAAUAAAUUUUAUAACACACUUAUUUUGCAUACUCUCCUUGAAGCGUGACUCUUGAGGGGGCAGUGCAUCUGCCACGCGCGCACGUGUGUGUGUGUGUGUGUGUGUGUGUGUUCGAUGAGACAUUUCAGCAGGCUCCAGGAAGAAGUGCCCACAUUCAAAAUGCUGAAUGUCCAGGUCAGUUCACUAUGCAACUUUUAAAAAAUUGGUCAUUGAGUAGAUGUGGUGAAUAUUGCUGAUUUGUAAAAUUGCCCUCUCUUCCCAGAGACCUCGAUUAAGGGUGGUUUUGUUUCUUAAAGGAGCCAGUGUCUGCUAGUUUGUCAGCCAGGUGUCUGUUUUUCUUGGCUUGGGGCAAGGCCUUAGAUGCCAAGGAGGGAAAUGAUCUCUGGGUCUCUGGGAUGGGAAAUAGAGUUCCUGCAGCAGUUCUUAACUGUCUGAGUACACGUGGUGUUCUUUUAUAUUUGUUGAUAUGAAUCAUCAAUUGUCAUCUCUUUUUGGAGUAGCAGUUCUUGAGGGGGAAGACAAAGGACUUUUCGAAGCAAGGAAAUUACUGGGUAAACUUGAGGUGAAAGGUCAGAUAUCUGGGCCCAGCGGCCUGGACGUUAGAGGGAGAGGACAGAGGCCUGUUGAGUGGGUGACAUUUGAGUGGGUGAAUAUUGUUUAGCUUUGUUAAGGGCGUCUAGUUUUUAAACUCUAAAAUCAUGAUUUUUUUAUUAGAAGUAGAUUUGGGUUGAGCUCUUAAUUUGUGUAGGGGAUACAUUUUGGUUAGGGGAAAUAGAACUGAAUUGCUAAUUCUUAUUGUGCAUGUUAUUCUGCAGCAAGAAUGUUAACUUGAACAAUAGAACUUGAGAAUAUUUCAUUUUGUGUUUCUAGAGUAUUCUGUAUGAGGGAACUGUUUGUUUCCCUUUGUGAGGCAUAAGCCAAAGAUCAGUUUGUCCAUUGCCGGAGAAAGAAUCACUCAGAGAAAUGAAGCAGGGUUCCCCCAAAUGUGCUGCUUGUCUGGUUUUAAGAGACGAACAUAGACGGCAGCUUUCUGAUUGAGAGUUUCACAUUUGCAAAUGGACAGUGGCAUCAAGACUAGCUGCUGAAGCCGGUCUCAGACAGAGGGCUGGUUGUGCUGGUGGGCGGCCUGGACUCCAGUUAAGCAUGUCGAUGUGAGUGGUCACUAGAUAUUCUGCACACACCAGACUCUAACACACAAUGCCGUCUCCCGAAUAAAGCAACCAAUUACUCUUUUACAGUUUAUUGGAAGCAUCUUCUGUUGAUGAAGCUUCCCGGGGAAGAUGUGGGUUGACUGGAUUUUAACAGUGGAUUGCGUCCCCAUACAGUCUCUUCUGGUUUGUUACUUUCUGUAGACACCCAGACUCAGCCGGUGUGUUUGUAAGGGCAUCUUAUUUAGCCAAGGAGUCUAGCAUUUUGUGUACCAAGUCUUUAUUAAGACAGACCCAGGUAGCAGAACUACCAUGGCACCGGCCUCAGACAGUGUCACCUGCUGCUGGUGUUUUGCCAGACCUGUGAGCUUGGCAUUCAAGAUGGACUUCUUGACACUUGGAAGCCCGUUGAUGCCAAACGCCAGCAGUUAACAGCUUAUCCACUUAGAGACUGUAGGCCGCGGUGGUUGGCUCAUGUGGGAGAUGGUUUCACACGGCACAGCUGCUGUCUUUCAGAAACAGAGUUAGUGGGCUGACUGUGUCUGGCUGGGUGUUUAUGCCUUUCUGAAGUCGUCUUUUCUGUGUCUCAGCUGUCUGCACUAAGCAAAGUGGCCACCAGUGUGGUUUGGAGUGCCUUGGCACCCUCAGAGAGCCAGUCUCAUGAUUGUGUUGAUGUAACAAGUGCCACACACCUUCUGAAUCCAACAGUUUUCUUCUCGAGUUGGUCUUAUGAAGUGUCUAGUUCGAUUCUUCAUGUAGCAUUUUGUACCUUUCUUUUGGCAAAACAUAUAGUCUGUUUAUAAGCGUUUUUAUAUUUCCUUCCUUAAAAAAUACGGCUUCUGUAUUUCCGCUAUAAAAUAUGGCAAUAAAUGGGGCGUGCUCAAAGUGUGUUCUUAAGCACAGGUACUGUACCAUGCAAGGGUCAAUAAAGUUCACAGAAAACAA